AUGGCCUUCAUGGCGAGAGCUCUGCAGCUCGCGGGCCUGUUGACCACCGUCAAAGCCGUGGAGUACCAAGAGGUCACGUCAGUAGAUGGAGUCAAUCCUACAUGCGCGCAGAUGGCUACAGCCGGCGAGUGGCAAAAUCCGACGGAGGCCCAGUGCCAGCAUUAUGCCGAGGUGGAGGUUCCG